AUGUCUGAUCAAGACACUAGUCCAAAUAAGUUUAGUGAAUUGAGAAACAUCUACAAAUAUUACAUCGAUUCGUAUACUGCAUUGUAUCGGUUGAAAGUUGAAAACGAUGAAGAAUUAAGCUCAAUUUACAAAAUGAUCAAAACAAACUUGAUUGAUUCAGAGAAAUAUCUUCCUGAAAAAAAUUAUAAGAGAUAUUUUUCAUAUCAUUAUCUUUAA